AUGGGCGUCGGAUAUCCGGAAGAUCUGGUCGUCUCCGUCGCACUCGGCGCCGACAUGUUCGACUGUGUCUGGCCAACACGAACCGCCCGAUUCGGCAACGCCAUCACAUCCCGCGGCUCCCUCAACCUACGCAAUGCCAUGUACUCCGAAGACUUUAGCGCAAUCGAAGAAGGUUGCCGAUGCACCUGCUGCCGUCCGACAUCCGAUGGCGGACUGGGUAUCACUCGAGCCUACAUAUACCACGUCACCGCGAAAGAGACUGCUGGUGCCCACCUUCUCACCAUGCACAACGUCUACUACCAAUUAAAUUUGAUGAGGGAAGCGAGGGAGGCCAUCGUGCAGGAUCGCUACCCACAAUUUGUCAAGGACUUCUUUGGUGAUCUGUACAACAGGGAAAAGGAUAAGUAUCCUGUAUGGGCGGUCGACGCGCUGAAAAGCGUUGGUGUAGACCUGCUUGCCGAGUAG